CUGAAUCCUCAAAUACGGUACUCAGAUAAGUUCUCUACACACCCUGAGAUAAAAAGGGGGUUGUUUGAGUGCAUGGAUAGGAUGAUCCCCCGUGAAGAGCAUGCUGAUGCUGAUAUUCAGUUGGAUGAAUAUGACAAGAGGAGGGGAUUUUGGCUCUCGCCUUGCACUCGAAACCAUGACAAAGCGUUCCCCAGCUGAUUGGUGGGAACGCUUUGGAGAUAGAACUCCACAGCUUACGAAGUUUGCAGUACGAGUUUUAAGCCUCACAUGCAGUGCUUCUGGCUGUGAGAGAAAUUGGAGUACUUUUGAGCAGAUCCACACAAAGAAGAGAAAUCGGCUAGAGCAACAAAAACUCAACUCUCUAGUGUAUGUGAUGUAUAAUAUGAAAUUGAGAGAAAGAAGCAUGAAGAGAAGGGCGGCAAUGGAUCCAAUAUUGGUGGACCACAUUGAAUCAGAUGAUGAAUGGAUUGCUGAGAAAGAAGGCCCUGUUCUCCCAACUGAUCCAUCGUGGCUCGAAGAUCAAAAUAUGGCCUUUGAUAUUAGUGCCAUUACAACUAUUCCGGAGUCUGAUGAUCCAGUUGACAGCAAUGCACCAUCAACAUCUAAUAUUUCUGAAGGAGAUUGCCCCCCACCUUCCUCAAGGAAAAGGAAGGCAACUACUUUAAGUGGUCCCAUGGGAAGAUUUCUUACUCCUAUAAGAGAGGAAGGAGAUAUAAGAAUGAGUGUUCGUGGUGUGGAUGAUGUACAUGCAGAUGUAGAUGCUGAUGCUGAUGAUGAAAGGCCUAGACCUGGUGACGAAGUGAAUGAGGAUGACGACAACGACGAUGACCUAUUAGAUAUAGAUGACCUUUAGAGUUUAGACACUAGAGUCUAGAGACUAAUUAUUGAGAAUUUGAGAUGUUGAUUUUGAGGAAUAUGACAUUUGUACUGUACUUAAUGCUCUUAACUUUGGGAUUUUUAUUUUGAAGAAUGUGACAUUUAUAUAUUUUGCUUUUUUUUUUUUUAUACUAUUUAAUAUUUAUCAUAUAUAUAAUAUAUAUAUAUAUAUUUUAAAUUAAAAAAUAGAAGUAUCGUGUAGCUUACGCUACACGCUACGCUUUUUCGCUACACGCUACGGAGGGUUGAACGCUACGCAACACGCUACCGCUAUUUAAAACACUGGCCGC